UCGAAACCUAAAGUACACCUUCUCUCCUUCUCUCAUCUUCAAAGUCGAAUUCUAGAUCUAUUUCUCUCCUUCUCAAACUAUGGAACAAUUUGAGGCCGACCCAUACUAUGCUGAUCAGAAGAGGGCGAGGAAGUUAGAAGCGUGGCGACAAGCCAUAGCCGAUGGUGAUUUGGGCAUGCCUCGAAUUUGCCCAUGUGGCGAACGAAUCGUCAAUGAGAUCUCUCCAACAGAAACAGAGAAAAAGAGAUGGUUUACUUGCGUUAAGUAUAAGGAUGAUGGAUUGCACAGGCGGAAAAAUUGGGCUGAUGCAAUUGAAGAAGAAACCCAAACCUUAAGGAAGGAUGUUGAUAACCAUUGGGAGAGAUUGAAGGAAUUUGAACCCCAUCAUACUCAGAUCUAUAAUUUGCAGAUGCAGCUUAAGGAGAAGAGUGACGAGAUUGCCAAACUAAGGGAGGAGGUGGCGUUGCUUACCACUCGAGUCGAUCUCCUGGAUAGAUUGUGUUUCGAUUGAUAUUAUAUGAGUUGAUAUCAUUCUACGUUGGUUUAA